GGGACACAGUGACCCCCCCACCCCCACCCCCCUCCCCCAAUUCCUCUUUUUACUGCCAGACUGACUCGCUGGUUUAGGGUCUCCACCGCCAGACAGAAGGGGACAAAACGCCACCUGCUUCUCCUGCAGCUGUGGGUGAGAACAAGGCUGAACAUUCAACCACACACAGCUAGACCUCUUGCGUGCCAGGGUCUCUGGAUUGGCAGUGUAUCUGAUUUGUGUGUCUCCACUGGCUGUCUGGAAAAGAAUUCGGCCAAUCUCUGUCAGGUGCCUCACGGUGAGAUCAGGGUAGUGUGAGCGAGAGCCCCGACAGGGUCAUAGGUUGGGGUCAGAGGUCGUGGCCAUGGCGACACAGGGGCUGGCGGCCCGGCUCUUCGUGCUGUUGGCCGUGGUUGCUGUGGCUCAUGCCUCCAUCUUCCUGUCCAAUCAGAGGCUGAAACCUCGAUCCCAGCGAGACCGUCGCAACAUCCGUCCCAACAUCAUCCUCAUCCUCACAGAUGACCAGGACAUUGAACUGGGCUCCAUGCAGGUCAUGAAUAAGACACGGCGGAUCAUGGAACAGGGUGGAACGCACUUCUCCAACGCCUUUGUCACCACACCUAUGUGCUGUCCGUCACGCUCUUCCAUGCUGACUGGGAAGUAUGCCCACAACCACAACACCUACACCAACAACGAGAACUGCUCCUCGCCCUCCUGGCAGGCCCAACAUGAGCCCCGCACCUUUGGAGUUUACCUCAACAACACCGGCUACAGGACAGCAUUCUUUGGGAAGUAUCUGAACGAGUAUAAUGGUACAUACAUUCCUCCGGGCUGGAGGGAGUGGGUCGCCAUGGUAAAGAAUUCCCGCUUCUACAACUACACCCUCUGCAGGAACGGCAUCCGAGAGAAACAUGGCUUUGACUACUCAAAGGACUACUUGACAGAUCUCAUAACCAACGACAGCAUCAGUUACUUUCGUAUGUCUAAGAAGAUCUACCCUCACAGACCUGUGCUGAUGGUGAUCAGUCAUGCUGCACCUCAUGGCCCAGAGGAUUCAGCCCCUCAGUAUACCACCGCCUUCCCCAAUGCAUCACAGCACAUAACGCCCAGUUAUAACUAUGCCCCUAAUCCGGACAAACACUGGAUUAUGCGCUAUACCGGUGCCAUGAGGCCCAUUCAUAUGGAGUUCACCAACAUGCUGCAGAGGAAGAGACUGCAAACCCUGCUGUCCGUGGAUGACAGCGUGGAGAAGAUUUAUAACAUGUUAGUUGACACCGGGGAGCUGGACAACACAUAUGUGAUCUACACGGCUGACCACGGAUACCACAUCGGUCAGUUUGGACUGGUCAAGGGGAAAUCCAUGCCAUAUGAGUUUGACAUCAGAGUUCCCUUUUACAUCCGUGGCCCGAAUGUGGAGGCAGGUGGCAGCAAUCCCCACAUGGUGUUGAACAUUGACUUGGCCCCCACCAUCUUGGACAUUGCCGGGAUAGACAUUCCACCAGACAUGGACGGCAAGUCCUUCCUCAAACUUCUGGACACUGAUCGUGUCAUGAACAGGUUCCAGUUCAACAAGAAAGGAAAAGUGUGGAGAGACUCAUUCCUGGUGGAGAGAGGGAAACUGCUGCAUAAAGUAUUGAAUGAUGGGAAGGAUAUGGAAGAGGAGGAGAACUACCUGCCCAAAUACCAGCGUGUGAAAGACCUGUGCCAGCGGGCUGAGUACCAGACACCAUGUGAACAGAUCGGUCAGAAGUGGCAGUGUGUGGAAGACGCCACGGGGAAGCUGAGAUUAUCUAAAUGCAAAGGAAUGGCCAGUCUUUCCACUGUGAGCAAGCCUUCUGUAACCAGCAUAAAAUCACAGAUGUACCUUCAGAGCAUGAGCGCUGAUGUCAGUGUGAACUCUGAGCCCCAAGGCUGCAACUGUGAGCCCAAAAUGUACAGACUUGGUACAUACUCAAAGAGUAAACUGUUCUCCAAAAAGAAACUGAAAUCAUUGAAGAACUACUCUAGGAACCGCUACACCCGUGCUGUCUCCAUGGAGAUGGGGGGAGAUCUGUAUGCAGUGGACUUGGAUCAUGAAUACAGACCCGUAGGCCCUAAGAACCUCAGCAUCGGACAGAACGCAGCAGAUGAGGGCGAGUUCAGUGGCAUGGCACCGACUGCAGUCAGCCUGCCCAGUAACAGUCUGAGUGUACCCUCCACUAUUAAAGUCACUCACAGGUGUUUCAUUUUUGCCAAUGAAACCGUGAAAUGUGAUGUUGGUCUGUACAAAUCACUGCAAGCAUGGAAGGAUCACAAGCUCCAUAUCGACCAUGAAAUCGAAACACUCCAGACAAAGAUUAAGAACCUGCGUGAGGUCAGAGGCCACCUGAAAAAGGCACGACCUGAGGAAUGUGACUGCAACAAAUACUUUUACAAGUCUAGAUACAAGAGUAAACUGAGAAAAUACAAAACAGGAAGUGUCCAUCCAUUCAGGAAAGGGCAGGAAAAGGAUAAGAAGGCCUGGUUACUGCUGGAACAAAAGCGCAAGAAGAAACUCAGGAAGCUGUUGAAGCGUCUGCGUAACAAUGACACCUGCAGCAUGCCCGGUCUUACCUGCUUCACACAUGACAACCAACACUGGCAGACCGCUCCGUUCUGGACAUUGGGGCCAUUUUGUGCAUGCACCAGUGCUAAUAACAACACCUACUGGUGCAUGAGGACAAUAAAUGAGACACACAACUUCCUGUUCUGUGAAUUUGCCACUGGAUUUCUGGAGUACUUUGACAUCAACACAGAUCCUUAUCAGUUGGUGAAUGCAAUCAAUACACUGGACCGGUAUGUGCUUAAUCAACUGCAUGUUGAGCUCAUGGAGCUCAGAGGCUGUAAGGGCCACAAGCAGUGUAACCCCCGCACACGCAACCUGGAGAUGGAGGACAAAUUUGGGAAGGAUGGGAAGGAUAGGCCCUGGAAAGAGGAAGUCCCAGAAGACACUGACCUGUUUCCAGGGGAGUCGAACUGGUCAGAACUUAAACCUUUGUACAGACUUGAUGAGCACGCCUAUGAUCUCAAACUCAACUUCACCCUCAGCCUGGAAGACUGGGCUCAUUUCAGCCGCUCUGUGGAUCGCAUGUUCACCCUCCUCAGCAACGACAACCAGCCCUACUCUCCGCCCCACCCAAUAGAUGGAGAGACAGGGCGAGGCCACGCCCUGGUGUCCUCCUCCAGCCAGUCCGCUUCAGCCAUCUACCUGACCACUCUGGCCACACCCGCUCUUUUGUUGAAGGAGGCAGGCGCUGAGGUUUUGAGAGACGCUUUGGGGCUUAAUCAGGGGGGACGUACCUCUUCCUCUUCAUCAUCAUCACGUGCCAUGCCACCUGUUCGGUCAGAGGUGGCUCCUCCCAAGCACCUAAAUGAGCUGAAAGAGGACAGACAAAAAGAAGGAUUGGAGACAGAGGGGAUGGACAGUGAUGAGGAGGAAGAGGUGGAGCUUAAUAACAGGACACAGACAGGCGGUUUAAGCUCCACCCAUUGUGACUGCAAUGAUAUUUUGGAGGCAACGGUUUGACUUUCGUUUAGAGUUCCUCUUUCUUAUUCCCUCCAUCUUUAGACAUCUGAAAAUACAUUUUCAGUAAUGAAGACAUGGAAGGUUUAAUGCCAGCGUACAAUCCUUCUGUUUGUUUUUCUUCUCGCUCCAUUUCCUCUGUUAUUAACCGGCCUCAGAAGAGCUGCAACACUCUGCUGAAUUCCCAGCUACUGUCAGUCCAUUUUCCAAAAACUGGCCAUGAGAUCAACAAGGCUUUGAACAGAGCACAUCUUUUUAUCUUUUAACUUUGAAAGAAUUCUCACUUUGUUUUUAUUCUUUUAUCUUUUUUCGAAGUGGGAUUUGGGAAAGGGUGGGGGGGAUAAGUCGCCUUUUUACUGUCUCCGACACUUGCUCUGACAAUACUGUUGCAUUUCGCCCACUAGUGGCAGUCAUUAUAACCUUUCAGUUCUGUUGCAAUGGAUUGUAUUCAUCGCUAGGGAGAAAGCAGUCGAAAAACACGAUGCCAGACCACCCGGACUGUCAAUCGAUUUUUAUUUAAUCUGAUUAAUCACAAUAAAUAGCAAAGAUCAGGCCCUGAUGUAGAAUGAUUACAUUAUGGGUGCAAUCACAUAUAAUGGAGGGAUGUCCACAAGGGAGGUGGUUAGAAGUUAAAUAUAUAUAUAUAUUUUUUAUUAUUCCCAUAUAAUUAAACAUAAGCAUACAGUCAACAGCAAUCCAUUUCACAACUGAGUUUGUCAAACUGUCCUAGCUGUUCUCACAGGACACAUUCUUGCGUUUCCCAAUUUCUAAUUGUUGAUCUAUCUAUGUGUAUGUCAGACAUCAUAAACGGCACAUUUUUAGAACGCUGUGGCAAGUUAAAAUUAGUUGAAUCUUUGAAAUUCGUAAAAAGCACAAAGUAAGUUCACACUUAAAUUGCUCCGAUGGUAGGAAAAUAUGUACUUUUAUUACGGAAUUUACUUAUGAGUCAGUGGGCAUGAUUACUUUUUUUUUAUUAAUGCUUUUUUAAUGUUAUUUUUUAUGUAAUUAAUUGCACAAAUUUAACACGUAAAAUCAACAACCCUAAUAGAAGUAUCAAAAUAUGUUAAUGAAAUUUAGGAAGGUUGGUUUUAUGCAGGGUUUUUUUUUGAGGUUUGCGACCAAGUCUCAGAAUAACAUUACUGUGUGUGAUAUUUUUUUUAGCACAUGGAAGAAUUAAAUUAAAUUAAUUCAUAUUCACUCAGUAUUUUAUUAUUAUUAUUAUUAUUAUUAUUGCUGUUACUACAGUGGUUUUAUGAUAUUUAAUAAUAAUAAAAAGCAAAACAAUUAUUCAACAAAGGAAGUACAAAUUCAUAAAUGACACAUGUACACAUUUAUUCACACAUAUAAUUACAAAUGACUUGUGAUAUAUUUGCAAUGUAAAUGUUCUAUACUGACUUGUACAUUCAUAGGUGUCCAUUCUACAGCAGUAUCAAGCAUUUAGAAUAAAGUUUAGGACAUAUUUUUUUAUAUAUAUUUCUCACUUCGCAGUCAUAGUUUUAAAUAGAACGCACUGCAUUUGGUCUAGUCCACAAGUUAAAAUAUUCCAACGCAUCCCAAGCUCAAAUUGGAUCCAAAAAUUCCACAUCCGCAGAUGGAUGGAACGCCACACAGUCCUUGUGUGACUCUACAUUGGAAAUGUAUGACUUCCAAUCUUUUUCUGGUUUGUCAGAUGCAGUGAAAAGGUGGCUUAAUAUUCAUUGCAGUAAAAAUAGAGUAAACCUUUGUUGAAUAACAAAGAAUGAGUUGUUGUGUCUAGUUUGCACCAUACUCCUUGAUGGCUGCUUCUACCUUGCUUGGUGUCUCUUGAACGUUUGUCUCUAUUUCAAGGUUUCUCCGGACUCCCUUUGAAGGACAAUGUCAUAUACAGCCUUACAACUUCACUGAAUAACACCUCAAAAUACUGUUGGUCAAUGGUAAAUAUGUGCGUGUGUGCGAGCGUGCUUGCAUGUGUGUGUGAGCGAGCGGGUUUGGGUGGUUUGAAAAUACUUUUUAGGACACAAAAUGGUAAUUAUAAUGGUAUUAAGCUAUAAAUGUGGUUUAUGAGGACAUUCUAGUGUCCCCAUAAUUCAAAUCGCUUAAAAAACAUACUUUUUUUUGUUUUUUUGUGAGGGUUAGGUUUAGAGUUUAGGGUUAGAGGAUAGAAUCUAUAGUUCGUACAGUAUAAAAGUCAUUAUGUCUAUGGAGAGUCCUCAUAAUGAUUGCUGCACCAACAUUCAGAUUCAGAUUUCAGUUGUUGCUUCUGAUGUAUGUUUCAAGGUCAUUUGUUUUUUUUAUAGCAAAUAUUGUGGCACAUCUUGUGUCUUUGCUGCUUGUUGCAGUACUAUGAGUUUCUUUUGAUGAAUCAGUCAUUCAAAUCCCAUAAUCUGUGUUUGGCUGACAAAAAUGUGGUAUGUUGAACUACUAAUACACGACAAAUAAUGAUUUGAUGUAUUGAUAAUGUUGUCAUAUUUGUAACCCUAGCUUGUUCUUAAAGACAUUUUGCUAUACACAAUGCUACUAAUAUCAGAGCAAAUAUAUUAAAUGGAUGUAUGUAUUUUAAUGUGUGUUUUCAAUUCAUGUAAAUGGUUAAAGUAUAUUUUUUAUGAUACAUUUGAAACUGAACCAAUCACCAGGCAUAAAGAUAUCACUCUAGCUUCAGGUUCCAUUAUUUAUGCAGUGUAUUUUUUUCAACAAUUCUUAUAUUCUGUUUUUUUUUUUUUUUCCUGAUGAUGUUUUUGUCAUUCCCAAUGUAUUUCAUUAAGACCUGUUUUGAGAUCAGUUUGGUUUCUUAGAUGAUUAUUAAUGAGAUUUUAAUUUCCAAGAGGUAAUCUGAUCCUAGAUCAGUCCACUUACUCUGGCAUACUUCAUUAGUAUAGUUCAUUGUGUUUUUGGACAUUGUUUAUUUACUGAGGACUAUAUAGAGGCAAUGUAAAUCUGAGUCCCUAUUCUUUUAUGUCAUAUCAGUAUGCACCACCCUCCCUCCCAGCACUCAUGGCUGUACUAAAAGCAGUUUUGUCUGGGAUUGCGUAUGGUUUUUUGGAGAGAAGUCUGAAAGAGAGAGAGAGACCUUUUCAUUUGUCACUUUCACGGGAAUGCCUGUUUUUGACAGAAUUCUUAGAGAUGAGAUGGUUUUAACAAAGAUUUGUUCAGUUCUAUAGAUUUAUCAUACCUAUAUUUUUGUUUUGGUUUAUCAGUGAACCUUUGAUAGUGCUUAUUACUUUGUGAAUAAAGUGUUGAAU